GGCUGUAUGGUUUUUUGUUUAAUGUUUGAAAUCGCUGUUUAAAAUCAUUUUUGCUAACAAACCAUAUCCAUUCGAGAGAAUUUUUUCUCAAAAUGGUCAAAUAGAAGGUGUUUGGUUGCAAGCAUUGAUGGAAUUCAUGACAGUUUAUAUCAUUAAUACAAAAUCGGAUUAUUCGUCAGAUUAUGUUCAAUUUCAUCAGAUUAUCUUUAAUUUCAUCAGAUUAUCUUCACUUUACACCAUAUCAUGUCAUAUUAUAGACUCGAUAGACGAUAAAACCAUUUGUGAAUACAAUUGGUGAUAAAUUUGUACCAACAUGAACAGUACGGUGAUUUUUCUACUUUUUGCAGCUGGAAUCGAGUCAAGUAAUGAGUAAGUGAAUAAAAAAAGAGCAAAAGAAAAUGGACCAACGUAAUUUAUGUGGUUUGAAAUAGGGGAACUGAGAAGGAAACAAGAGUCAAUUGAGUGGUUGAGUAGGAUUUGUUAUUUUCUUCUUAAAAAGGAAAUGAUACUGAUAUUGAUAUUGAUAUUGAU